CCCUGAUUUAUUCAUUCCAUUUCUUCUUAAUUUAAAAGUGGAGGAUUUCUGCGCUAAAGUGGCACACAUGCGCACUUUGCUGCACUUUGCCAGCACUUUCGGUACCGUGUAAGAGAAAAUGGAACGUGCGCGGAAACUUAAACAACGACCACAAGUGAGCUUAAAAUUAAAGCUGACUGUUUCUUCUUGAAUUCAUUCUUAUCCGAGAAUCCAUCUCAUGAUCAAAUAUCGAUAACAAUGUCUGACUUUAAUGCAGAAGAAGUACUGACAUUCGCCAUCAACAUUGCCAAACAGGCAGGAACGAUCAUCCGAGAAGGAAGUGCAAAGCGAAUCGAUGAUCAAAAUCAAGGUAAAGUGGACGUUGAAGAAUUGAUCAAGAAAAACACAGCUGAUCUUGUCACCGAAACCGAUCAAAAAACGGAAAAGUUUAUCAAAGAUGCAAUCUCUAAACAAUUUCCAUCACAUAAAUUUAUCGGAGAAGAAAGUUGGGCUGCUGGACAGCAGGCUACGCUAACUGAUGAACCACAUUGGAUCGUUGAUCCAAUCGACGGCACAAAUGGAUUCGUACAUAAUUUUGUCAUGUGUUGCGUUUCGAUUGGUGUUACAUUCCAAUCAAGACCGACAGUAGGUGUCGUGUAUGCUCCCUUCUUGGACACUUUAUACUAUGCACGUACAGGAGCUGGAGCAUUUAUCGAAUCACCUGCUUAUGGAGAACGACAGCUGCCAUUAGCAAAGCCAAUGCCUUUACCAAGCUUAAAACAAGCACUUUUAGCAGUAGAAUACGGAAGUGAUCGUGGACCAGGCGUACUUGAUAAAAAGAUGGAAAGUUUCAAGAGAUUGAUUGGGGACGAAGAUGCUGGCAUCAAAGGCGGUCGAAUGGUUCAAGGUGUAAGGAGUAUCGGAAGUGCGGCGCUAAGUUGCUGUUAUGUUGCCCAAGGUACUUUUGAUCUUUGGCAUGAGGUUGGUUGUUGGGCUUGGGAUGUAUGUGCUGGAGCUGUGAUCAUUCAAGAAGCAGGCGGUGUGGUCGUAGGUGCAAAAGAGCCCACCUUGAAAUCUAUCAGUACAGAAAGCUUUGGUGAUAUCACUCCUGAAGUGUUACAAGGAAGAAAGUACCUUGUCAUCAGAGGCGUUGGAGAUUCAAAAUCUGAAAAGGGCGCAGACGCUCAAAAGAGAAUCAUCAAAACUUUCUAUGAGACGAUUGAUGAAUGGGAUGCAAAGUGAUCUGGCUAUUAAUUUGCAUGUCUGUUAUUACUCUUUUAUGUACAAAUG